CACUCGCGCCCCGCGCCCCGCGCCCCGCACGGCUGCUCCACCUCGGCGCUUGUCAUUCUCCGCGGCGCGGCGGCAAGUGCCGAUUGCGGUGCCGACCCUCCCGCCCGUGCGCCGGCAUGCCCGCGAUGUGACCGACCGCCUGGGAGCGGGCUGGCGGCUCUACCUGCAACAGCGCCUCGGCUUUUCCCCGGGCCGCCUUCCUGUAGCGUCGCGAUUCCCUCAGAGCCGGAGACACGCACCAGGGGCUGGGAGCGCCGCACUCCCGGGCGGGCGGCAGCUGCAGCGCUCGGGACCGUGCGGCCGGGUGCAGUCUCCGUCGCCGCUGCCGCCGCUGCCGCCGCCGGGCGGUGAGCCCUGACGAGUGCCGGGCUCCGGGCACCGCGGAGCCGAGGCGGCUGGUGCAGAGCGGCAGCGCCUCGCCCCGCACCCGCCGUCGCCCGGGCAGUGCGGGGCCAGCGGGGCUGUGCGCAGCCAGAGAGCGGUCCCCACGGAAGGCUCCCUGUCUCCUGCGUCCCAAAAACACGAGGUCGUUCUCUGAGUUCAACAGAUGAGUGCAACUCCAGAGCUGGGAGAGUGACUGCAAGGCCAAGAAGGAAGAGAGACGUUCCCCACAACUACACUUCAAAGGGAGCACGUUGCCAGCAUUUUGAAUCCUUAUUUGGACAAGCUUCUCUCCAAGGGCGGUUAAAAAAAAAAUGAAAAUCGUGGAAGGUGAGACACACGUUCUGAACACACUAGAUCUGCUUGGCGAUCCCUCCUUACGUAUUAGCAUCUGACGUCGGUGUAAAUGAAAAAUAACCCAUGCCUGCCAUCUGAUGAUCCAUAGAAACAAGUGGGAGCUGCCUAAGGAGGACGCAGCCCUGUGCCCCUAUGUCGCCACCUUGGAAGGACUGACCACCGACUCCAUCAGCCUGCGCCGCUCCACGCCCCAUCAUGGGACCCGAGGGAAGCAUGCUGAGCGGGGGACCAACGCAGAUCCUCCUGUGGGGAAGUUUGGCCGCUGUCGCCGCCUUCUUCCUCAUCAUCUUCCUCGUCUUUCUGUGUUCCAGUUGUGACAGAGAAAAGAAACCGAGACCACACAGUGGGGACCACGAGACCCUGAUGAACAUGCCUUCCGACAAGGAGGUGUUCAGCCGUUCAGUUACCAGUCUGGCCACAGACGCUCCUGUCAGCAGUGAACAGAAUGGGGCCCUCACCAACGGGGACAUUCUUUCAGAAGACAGUGCGAUGACCUGCAUGCAACAUUACGAGGAAGUCCAGACCUCGGCUUCAGAUCUACUGGACUCCCAGGACAGCACGGGGAAGCCGAAGUGUCAUCAGAGCCGGGAACUGCCCAGAAUUCCUCCUGAGAGCGCAGUGGACACGAUGCUCAACGAGAGAUGUGCGGACGCGGACCAGGGGCUGGGGAUGGAAGGGCCGUACGAAGUGCUCAAGGACAGCUCCUCCCAGGAGAACAUGGUGGAGGACUGCUUGUAUGAGACAGUGAAAGAAAUUAAGGACAUGGCAGCAGCUGCCCACCCGGGUCAAGGCCACAGCAUCAGGUCAAAGUCGACGUCUGCUUUGAAAGAGCUUCCGGGACCCCAGGUCAACGGCAAAACAAACUUUGCUGAAUAUGCCUCCGUGGACAGAAACAAAAAGUGUCGACAGAGUGUUAACGCCGAUGCCGUUCUUGGAAAUGCCUGUGAUCCGGAGGAGGAGGCCCCACCCCCUGUCCCCGUGAAGCUUCUGGAUGAGAAUGAAAACCUGCAGGAGAAGGCAGAGAGCACGGGAGAAGAAGAAAGUGCCCUCGAGGGGACCAGUGAAACCAACAAGAGACUGAGUGCGUUGUCAUACAAGUCCCGGGAAGAUGACCCAACUCUCACAGAAGAAGAGAUCUCGGCCAUGUACUCAUCAGUGAAUAAACAAGGGCAGGCAGGGAACAAGUCAGGACAGUCACUUAAAGCCCUGGAGUCCAGCUACCCCUCCGUCCCGGGAGCCGCCCAGAGGUCGCCCUCUUCCGGGAACCAUCUCUACGCUACUGUGAAAGACUUUGAGAAAACUCCGAGCGGCGGCGGGGCGCUGCCGCCCACAGCAGGGAGACCCAGCGAGGGGCCCGAGCCGGAUUAUGAAGCGAUCCCGACUCUGAACAGAGAGGAAGAGAAGGCCGCCCCGGACGCCAGCAGUCACCGCGGCCCCUUCCCGAAGGAGAAUGACUACGAGAGCAUCGGGGACGUGCAGCCGUGCAGGGAUGUCACCCGGCUCUAGCAGAUGACCCCGCCAGCCGAGGGCCGGCCGGCGGGCACGGCUCUUCUGCGGAGGAGAAGACGCAGGCCACGUCAACCACGCUUCCCAUGCUGCUUUCGGAAACGGAAGACGCUCGAGACGCCGGUACACGCCAGCACACCUCCCUGGGACACCCUCAGCCCCCGAAAGACCCCAGCGCUCAGGGGCUUCACCCUGUUGGUGUAGAAAGCCAAGAACCGUACCCAUCGAGAACCGCAGCUCUCCUGCCCGAAGCACCGCGGUGCACAGGGCCUUCUCCCGCUCUCCUGCUCUGCCUGCUACUAACGGUGAAAAUGAAUGGCUUUUUCCCCUUGAAAUCUUAACGACUUAUAAUGAUUCAUCCCCAGGACAUUCUCCCACCAGGCUGGGCCUUUUCCUUCCAGGUGGGUGUUUUCCGAUGGUAAGAAAUUGUGGUUGCUGGUUUCCGUCGACUCCACGCCCCCCUAAGAGCGCCCGCGAGAAUCCGGGCGGGCGGGUGCGCAGGAUUGCGGACGCCCCUUGAGUUUCUGAGAUCUGCAUUCCUUCUGAUUUGGGCACUGCCCGUCAACAGCCUCUCUCUAAGUACUUGGAGUCAUUUUUAGAUGCUUUAUUUUAUUUUUAUAGUCAAAAUGAUUUUUUCCCCCAGUAUUUGAAACUCUUCAGAGCCUUUUCAGUAUUUUUCAGUGAAUAUGGUGGUACUUCUAUAAUUGUUUUAGCCCAGAGCUCAUUCCUCCAAAACAGACAGCCUUAAUCUCUAUGCUGGGACACAAACCAUAUAUUUGGAUGGCAGCCAUGGCGUCCAUCUCCCAAGGGCUGUGGACUUGAAUGUGUGCUUCUGAUGAUCUCUGCUGCCACACAGGCAGUGUGGGAUUUCUUAAAUUAACUGCUACCCUAAGGUAAUCUAUCUAAGAUUAAAAUAUAAGCCUUUAUUUUUGUUAAAUAAAUUUAUAAGGUAUUUUAUGUUUAAUGCCUAAUUUCCAGAAAGUGCCAGAUAAAAUGUAUAUUAACUAUUUUGAUUUUAUGUACAAUGACCUAUAUCCUCAUUUUGAAAAGACACCAUAAAGCACAUAAGCUUGAUAAUUACAAAGAGUUGUUAUCUUUUUUCUAACCAAGUGUUUAUAACAUUGAAGGUUUUUAAGGACUCAGCUUUUCAAAUGGUACGUGGAGCUCCUGAUCAAAAUCAUCUGGCUCCCUGGAGAAAUAAAUGGAACGAAUAUAAAUGAUCAUUUUCAAUGGUUGGUGGUGGGUAGUAUUGAAAUAUUUGAAAUGGUAAAAAUGGGAAGAGGAACAAAAUCUGACUAGGGAUGACUGUGAACUUUUAACCUCAUGAAGGCAUUAUAAUUCCAUUAAGGUUUAGCUACAUUUUUGAGAAAAGGGGGAUGAAUUCUGCAGCCUGGUGCUUGCAAAUGUAAAUUGCCUACUGGGAUUUUUUUUUUUUCCCCUUCAUUUUAAAAAAAAGUCAGUGGCUGAAAUAACUCAGAUUAAGAGCUCAGCCUGGUUUGAAUUUAAUCAUCUCUUUUGAGUUUAUAACGCCAACAUUGGGGAACUUGUUCACUUUUCAUUUUAAAAGAAACCUGGUUGAAGUGCUAUUAUGCAGUGUGGGCUACAGAAAGGAGCUUUUCCUACACUGCUAAAGGAAAAAAAAAGAGGCAAUUAUUCUAUACUACUGUGACAUCUGUGACUUUUCAGAUUGAAUAAUCUUGCUGUUUUCACUCGUUAUGAAAAAGAAUGCAAUUGGGAGGAUGAAGCAUCUUGAAAAUUGUAGGGACCAGCUCACGGACGUGCUUUUCCCAUCCUUUGCAUUCAUGGCUUGAUUUUGUGACUGCUCUGUAAUACAUUUCUGAAAUUGCAGAGUGGCUUAGUUGGGAUAAAUUGGUUGGUGUCAUUAUUUUUCAGUAGGGCCUAGUCUCUCCCUUGGAGACUUCGGGUGCGUAAGCACAGUCACCGUUGAUCAGAAGAUCACGGCAGAAUAACCUUGGAUUAGGGAGAAGCUUAUCAGGAAGGUGCAAGGCCCAUGCUCUCUGAAUUCACAUCCUUUGUAAGCACUGUUUUGCCUGGUGAUUCUCACUGCUUAGCAUGAAUGAGUUUGACCCAAGAAUCUCGACCUCACAGGGUUGCUCUAGGAACGGUGAUGGCCACGUGGCGCUGCUCACCUAGCAUUGCGCGUGCUGCCCACUGUCAGUCAUGUCCUUUAGGAGGACCUGACUGCUCAAGAGUCCUGUUGUAUCUCACCGUGUCUUACUUAUUGCUAGGGCCAUGGGUAUGAUCGCUAAGGAGCAAAAUUGUUUCUAGAUGGGGGAGUUCAUCUUGAACUUUCAUUAUCAGAAUUCCCCCAGAAGUUUCUAAAUAAAGGCUAUACAAGAGGUCCAUAAAGUAUGCAAUGAAGUAUCGCUUUUGAUUUGAGAAUCUGUGCUAAGAAUAAGUUGUGAUAUAAAGUAUUAAGAGGAACUGUGAGGGGGGUGGGUGUAGCUCAGUGGUAGAGUGCGUACUCAGCAUGCAUGAGGUCCUGGGUUCAAUCCCCAGUGCCUCCAUCAAAUAAACAAACAAACAAACAAACAAACCUAAUGGUCUCCUCCCCCACAAAAAAACACAGAAAAAAAAGUAAUAAAAUAAAAAGUUGAAUGUUAAAAAAUAUAUAUAUAUAUAUAUAUAUAUAUGAUUUAAGAAAUAAAUAAAGUAUGAAAAGGAACAGUAAGGUCCCCCCAGAGCAAAUUGUCCAAGAAUAGGUAAUAGCAGAGCCCAGGAGGGCUGGGGACACGGAAAGCAGAGCGAACUUUAGGGGACAGCUCUGCUCUUUGAACCACUGGGUACCUUACUGAAGUAUACUUACUGAAAUAGCAUCCCUGUUUUGACCCUAUAUACAGUAUUUCAUAAAUUUCGUCACUUUUUACUUUAUCUGUUGAAAGUUUGUGCUAGAAUUUUUGAGUUGGAAGCCUUAAAAAAAAAGUUGCAUCUUGAGUUAAAUGCUACCUAGUUUAAAUGUAUACAAGGUAAUUAUCCUAAAAAAAGUUGACUGUAUUUUAAAAUUCAGUGUUGACAUCCAUAUUGCAUAGGCAUUCAACUGAAAUAACCUAGGUUAUGUGAAAUUAUACAAAAAGAUAAAAAUAUGUUUUAAGAAAUGUUUUGUCUUAUAAUUCAGAAUUUACAUUUAAACCUGUCUUGCCUAAAAGCAGGAUCUUUGUUUUUAUUCAGAUAUUUUGAAAGUCUUAAAGAAUUUUAUGCUGCUUUACUGUUUCUCAAAUAUUGUCAGCAGAAGAGUAUAACCUGUUUGAUGUGAAAUGUUUGAGGAAAUUUUAAAUCCUGGAAGAAAGUAAUUUUUGAAAAUAUGUUUGCCACAAAUAGUUUUUUUCCUGCCCUGUACUAAAUUGCAUCAUUAGGUCUAUUAAAAGUUUUGAAGGUACCACUGUCCUUCGUGGGAAAAGGCUAAUUACUGAUUUAUCUGCACUUAAAAUCCAAGAGUUAUUUCUGAUGAGUGCUACAUUGACAAUAGGUAGCCAACACAAAGAACUAAAAUUUAACCUCAGUUUGCCACUAGAUCUGUUUCUUAUAUUAGAUUUUCAUUUUUCAAAUUGGAGCAUUUACUGACUUUUACCAGUAACAAAAUGUAUGUAUGUUGUAUGUCCAUAGGACACACACACACAUACGUGUAUACACAUGUAUUAUACAGUUGCUCUGGUGCUUAAUUAAUUAGGAUGCAUCCUAUUAUGUAUUUUGAAUGUCUGUCCUACUAGUGUGAUGACUAUUGUCAUAAAAGCAGACUAGAAGAAACAGUUCUCCAAUCAUUUUCAUUUGGUAAUUACAAGAAAACCUUCUCAAGUUGCCUUCAUUUAAUUUUUCCAAGAAGUGAAUUUAGAUUUUAAAUUAUGUCCUUCAUUCUCUUAGCUGAAAAACAGCGGUAUAUUUAAAUAGUUUGAUUCAUGUGACUCCCUACACAUUCAGCGUGACAGGAGGAAAUGAAUACAGGUGUCCUCCUCAGACAGGUGUCUGAGAAGAGAUUUGGCCGAAAGCAACAGGAACCAUGUGGGCCAGGAUGGAGCCGCAGCAGGGUGACCCCCCACUUCCCCCCAAGGCAGAAGCAGAGGCCCCUUAUCACGUGGGGCAUUUUAUUUCACUCUCUUUAGAAGCCAGGAGAUUUUACUGCAGAUUCAACAGGCAGUGGUGGAGGAUAACAUGCGAAGCACCUGCUCUGAGAUGCUGAUGUCACGUGGCCAGAGCCCCAGAGCUUCAGUUCAAGACUGACUUAGGAUCUUGUAAAUGAGUAAAUGACAUUUUUUUUUCAGUGCUCCUUGUCAUAGUUAAUAUGAGUCCAUGUGAUCUAGUGAUGCUAUUCUUCUGAAAGUGUUGAUUUCUGGUACCCAGCCAGCUGAGCUUCGGCUGCUGGAAGCACAGUAGGUACUGAUGGUUAUUUCCUGGAAAUCUUGACAGGCUUAUUGUACUGUGUAACGGGGAGAAGUUAAGGUGUAAUGUUUGGCGUUAAUAAGUGACUGAUGUGAAAAUAGGAACAUGUGUCUCUAAAAUCAAAUACAGCUUUAUUUGCAGUGAAGUCAAAAUUCCUUGUCCUGUAGUAGUAGUUUCUUGCUCUAUGUUGUACCUUUUCUUAAAUACGUUAUUCUUGACAAUGUCAUUAGACAGGUUUUACACACUCACAAAGUGUUUGACUUAAAGAAAUCAAUCCAGAAACUGUGUUAUAUUAGAAACUUCAUCUGAAAUUACCAAAGGAAAUGAAAUAAAAUCAUGGUCCAGAAGAGAACAAACAUUCAUAAAUGGUUUUUUUUCCUACUGCUCAUUUUAAAGUUAUAUUUACAUCCAGUCUCUGAUAUUUAUAAAGUAUUUCAUUGUUUUCCAGGUUCAUCUUUUAUUUAACUAGGAAAUAGUAGUUCAGAUUUUUCUUCAUGCCAGAUGAAAUGAGAAAUACAGCUUUUGCUUUAAAAAAAAAAAAAGGCAAUUUUUAAAAGCAUUUAAUUUGGUAAUCAUUUAUCUUAAUGCAGUUAGAUUUGAUUUUUCUUUGCUCACCAUGUAACUAUGGGUGUUUUUUAAAAAUGUAGUGUUCUGACUGUCUCAAAUCACCCUGUGUAAUGGAUUAUAAAGGCUAGUAAUUGUCAUUCCUCAGAGUUCUGUAUGUUCAAUUGGCAACAGUAAAAUGUUUUAGUGUGUCAUUUUUUUAAAUAUUGUAUUAUUAACCUGCCUCAGGUAUUCAGGGGAAGUUUGAAAUAUAACUAAACAAAUAGGAAUUUGCAUUUUAUUCUGCAUGCAUUUUUUCCCUCAUAAAAAUAGUUUCCAAGAAUCAUGGCACGUUAUCUGUUAGGUGGUCCCAAUCAGUUUCAAAAUACUCCUCUUACUCAAAAAUACUCAAAAAUAAUUAAGCAUUAUUUGGAGUCAUUGUCUCACAAGGUCUUUGGAAUGGUCAAAUUGUUCAAUUCACAAAAGAGUGGACGGAUUUUUUUCUCUAUUGGGAAUUUUUAAAACUUCCGUCACUUUGCGUAGCACCACCCCCGCCCCUCUGUGUCUGCUGCUCACAGGAAGUUCCAUCCUCUCUUUUCCAAAGCUAGUUAGCAGUCUUCAGUAUCACAGACCCUGCCUGCCCAGCAUAGAACUGUUCCCCACCACCGCCCAGUGAGCAGACAGCUCUGUCCAGCUCACGUUUUCCGUCAUCACCAGCUGCCUGGAUAAAGCACAGAUCCAUCUGGGGAAGCAGAUAUUGGGUGUUACUUGUCGUGAACUUUGCUAAACCAUGUAUACUCUUGCCCACAUCUUUCACGAGAAUGGUUGGUACUAAGGGGCCAUAGAAAGAACUUGCUAAAAAUUCUGGGAGGAGGGUAUAGCUCAGUGGUAGAGUGCAUGCUUAGCAUGCAUGAGGUCCUAGUUUCAAUCCCCAGUACCUCCAUUAAUAAGAGAAUUUUUUGAAUAUAUAAAAUCUAUUUAAAAAAUUCUUUUGAAGACUCAAACUCACAAAUCCAUAAAAAUUAGCCCUGUUUUCUAACCAGGUAAGCUCAUGGUCCCCUACAAUGUCUUGAGACUAAAAGUAAACCCUGAAACAGCAGACCCAUAGUUAUCUGUAAAAUAGAAAGCCAUUGAUUACUUUGAGGGGAAGACACCCUUUUCUGGAAGAAUUAAUAAUUUCUCAAGUAAAUUAAGUGUAACAUUUCUUAGCCAUGUAGCUACCACACCCCACCCCCUGGGAAAUAGUGCUCAUAGGGUUUGUGAGUUAGAACUAGUUUGAGCUCCUCUCCCAGGCCUCAAGGAAAUGAGAAUGUUCAAGCAUCUUAACUGUGGAGUUACCAGAUGUUGAAAAUAACUUGACCACUUAUAGGCAAAGUCUCUGAUGUUCGGAGUGAAUGGGAGAUACAGUGGCUGAGGGUCUCACUUUCUAUGCACCUAACGAUCCAGGAUGUUUAGUUUGGAUUUUUUUUUUUAAACUUCACUCUGUAUCAUCAUAACUUAAUUAUUUGAAUGGGUCUUCUAGAAUGUAAAUUUUUUUCCCAAAUUAACAGAACAGGUAUUUGCUCAUUCUCAUUAUACAAUUAAUUGUUAAAAGUCUACCUAGUAUACCAGCUAGACACCCUUAGCAGCAUAAUUAAGGCUAAAAGAGAGAGACCGGUCUCAGCCCCUGCAGCCUGCAUUUCAGAACCAUCUUGUUGUAACGUCUGGUUUUAUUUUGCUAUGUUUGUUUUUUAACGCAACAAGUUGGAAACCAUGAGUGUAAACAAACUCUUUCCUUUUCCUUUUUUAAGCCCAAGGAGGAAAAAAAAUGUAGUUUUAGCUCCCCAUUUAGGUAGUAAAGACUUCCCUGAAAGACAGCAGUGCCUUUUCCCCAGGCGAAGAGCCUAACACCAAAGGCCUGAGUUGGUCUUUGAACAUCACUUUGACAAGUUGUUAUGUAUUUUUAAUGUAAAACCCGCCUGUGAACCUGACAUCAUGCUCAUGACCCCGUCCAGUAAGCUUGCUCACUUUUUUCACAUUUAUCUUUUUAAAUAGAAGCUUCUCUUGUUUUUCCUGGAGCAAUACUAGAAACUUAAUUCCUGUGGGCUGCCUACUGAUGUCCUGGAAAGUUGGCACGACCAUUCACAGUGCUCGCCUGUUAGGGAGAAGCUCGUGAAAGAUGUUGGGAAAACUGAAUUUUACAUCCAAGUCAACAAGCAUUUGUGAGAGUCUUGUAUGCCUCAGAUUUUGACACUUUUUUUAAUGUUUGUUUGUUUGUUUGUUUUUCUGAGCAUCAACUACGUAUUUGAUUCUAGAGGGGCGGGUAAGGCAGGGAUUAGAUGUAAAGCUUGAACAGAGUGAUGUGGGCAAGACUUCCGCUCCUGUGUGUGUGACUCGGGAAAGUGUUUGAUUCCAACACCCUACCUACCACUCUGAGUCUCUUAAGGAGCACACAGUAAAUGUAUAUAAGAUUGAGAAAAAUUAUCGCAAAGAUUUAAAUUAUUGUUUCAACAAUUUCUUCUUUGUAAACUUGGGAAUAAACCUGAUUGGUGGAGAACAUAUGUGGCUCCUUACACUAUCCUUCAUAGGCAACCAGGUGCCUCCUUUCAAAUAUGCUUCAUUAUAGCUUUUUUUAAACUGGGGAAAGAAACUUCUCAUGAUGAAAAAACAAAACCAACAAAAGACUUCCACAAACUCUUCCAAGAAGAACAUAGCAUCGCUCUAACAUCUGCCCCAGAGUGUUUAUUUUUUGCCUAUAGUAUUUCAGUGAUUUUUAUGAGAGAAAAAAAUGCACUCUUUUUUUUAUUUCUUGGAAAAAUGAAUUGAGGUUAUGAGUUAAAUUCUCAGAGGGGACAGUUUCAUUUAAAGAGAAGCACUGGUUUUGGAGACAAGCUCAUGGUUCUGUGGUCCCUGUUCCAGCACUGACUUUACUGUGUGACCUUAGCAAAUGAUUAACUACUCUGUGCCUCAGUUUCUCCAUAUCCAAAAUGGGGAUAAUGAUACCAACCAUUGCCUACCUCAUAGGGAUGUUAUGAGGACAAAUGAGACAAUAUAGAGAAAUACAAAUGCUUUGAACUCUGUAAGAAAGGUGCUAUAUAAAUUGAUAUUGUGUUGUGUUAAAUGGUCCAAUUAUUAAUUAUGUUUAGGGUUUAUAUAAUAGCAAUACUGUUCAUCAUGUUAAGAACAAGUUUCAAUUUGAUGCACAUUUACAAUUCUCUUCUGUGGCCAGAUCUUGAUCGUUCAUCCAGUAACGGUACCUAAGGACCUGAAAUGGGUAUUUGUUUUCUGUGUUUCUGCCCAUAGUAUUUCUAUUCUGACUGUUCCCAGAAGGCUGGAGUUUAACUUGUCAUAUCUUGUAGUUUACAUGUAAGGAACCUGAUUUAAGCUGUAUAUAAAAGUAUAAUUACAUGUAAAUAUCAGGUACGUUGUAAUUAACGGCACUUAUCAAACUGUCUUUGUUCUUUUUUAAUUGCAAUAAAGAUCAGUUUUAUAUAAAA